UUCACUUUCGUUUGACUGUAAACUGGGAGCGUCAGAUUCAUCAAACUAGGCUAGACUGGGAAUACGACGAGGAAUAUCUAUAUCUAAUAGUCUUUUUCAUCCCAGCAGCUUCACUUUGACUCCUGCAGGCUCAGCUUGCACAACAGGUGAAAUCAUGGACUCGAGUGUUUUGUUUAAGGAAAUAAAAGACCGUGAUGAAAUGGCAGCCUCUGCACUGAAAAAUGCAGAUUUGAGCACUGACGCGGAUCUCCAGUCUCUGACUCGAGAAGACCUACGUGAUCUGUUUCCUGGACUUAAAAAUUUCAAGCGGAGGAAGCUCGUCUCUGAUAUAGUACACAAGCAGAAACCAAUUGAUGUGGUCACGAAAGAUCUCAAAGACUUCAUCCCAGAUGAAUAUCUCGGGGGUACCCUAAUCUCCAAUGGAGUUGUGGUCGACUACCUGAAGGACUUGAAGACCGAAAUGACUAAGGUCCAGAAUUUCCUUGAUGUUCAUAUUAAUCUACUGGAGAAGUUCUGCACAUCUCAACCCCCGCAGGACCAGGACAAAGGUUCUUCAUCAAGUAUCUCUCAUGGCUCUGGUCCUAUGAAGUGCCACAAUAGCCAAACCAGUAACUCUUCACAAAUAGGUGGGUGUGGCAGCACCACCAGCAGUCCGUCCAAGUUCCCUGCUCUUUCAUUUUGGACCCCUUCGCAGAAACCUCAAGCCACAGUGACCUACAAGAUGGUGGUCAGUGGAAAAACCUUUGAUGCCCAUCGACAGCUGCUGGAUAAAGUAAAGGCUUCAAGUGGGGAAACAGAUUUGAUUUUGAUCAAUCAGGAGGAAUGCCAAAGCAAUCAGGACUACAUGGUGGUUAUUGUCUUCUGUCCUGUUGUUUCACGUAUUGGGACAGAUGCUGAGACGGCCCUGAAGAAUGUCACAGAUCGUAAACCCGUCAUUCUGGUUUUCAUGCAUCACAUACAUGCAGCCAAAUCUGUAACUGCUCCAAGAACAUGGGAUACUUCUAGUAAUGUUAUUUUGUGUGCUCAUGUUUUCUACCAUGAGACAGUGCAUGGGUUACUGCAGUGUCACGAAAAUAAUGCUGCCAUCACUGAGAUACGACAGGCAUUAAUCAGUCACAGUGAUAAGACAAGUGCAAAAACAAGUGAAAAUACUGAAAAGGAGAACAGAAAUUGGAUGUCCAAAUUUUUAAAAGGUAAAUAAUGACCAUAUAAUACCUGCAACUACAAGUAUAAGGAACUAUAAUAGUUUAGUGUCCGCAUCAACAUUGAAUAGAAGAAAAAGGACAAAACAACAAAUGAAAGAAAUUUUAACUUACCUUCAUUUGUGUAAAUUGGUAUUGUCUGUGUGUUCAUCACCAACUUAAAUCUAAACUGCUGAUGCUUAAUAGUUAUUGUCGUGUUUUCACAUCUUUGUGUCUUUGAGCGUGCAGCCAGUCAGCACUUGGUGUAAUAUAACUGAAGCAGAUUACAUUUUACAGGCUAAGUUCUGCUUUUUGACCGUCCACUCAUUUAUGUUGUGAAUAUGUGUUUUAAAAAUGUUGCAUACUAGAUAAUCAGAUAAUCAGAUAAUCUUUUUUACAACUCAGUUUUUGUUAUGAUUAGUUUUUCAAUGGCUAUGUGCAUGCUUGUGUGUUUUCCAGCAAUCAGAACAACAAAUAAGGGUUUAAAAUUCUGAUCUACUGUGUGAAUGCAACUUUGGUUAUUGUGCUAAUAUUUUUUUAUUCUUUUUUAUUGAGUAGUCCUGAACAGGUCAGUUCACCAGUGUAGUUAUAAUCCAGCAUAGCCUGUUUUAAGGAACAGCACUAGUUCAGCUAGUAUUUGUGUCUUUAGUUUCUCUAUCCUGUACAGUAAGACUUGAAUGUACAUUAACAGAGACUGAAGACUGCAAAGCCCACAUGUUCAAUUGCAGGCUCACUUUAAGCAUUUAUAAACUAUAGUCAUGUCACAAAUAGUUAGAAAAAUAAAAGAUCAUAGCUGGAAAUGGAAAAGAGUUUAUAAAUAGAAAAUGUGUGAUCAUAAUGCCUGUGUGUUUUUUGUAAAUAUAUUUUCCCCCAAAUGUCAUUACAUCAUGACAAAGUAAUAUUAUUUACAUUUGGAUCAAAAAUAGCUUUGGUUUUGGUAUUUCCUCAUUUAUUUACCUUUCAAUCUAAUGCCUUGAAAACAUCACUGCAAUGCUGACUGUAUAUAGUUUGUUAAAUAGCUUUUGGCAGUUAUAGCACUGUGAUCCGUGCUGUACAUGGUCGGGAUGAAAUAUUUUCACUUUAUGGCUGCUGUAAAACUUACCACCUAAAUAAAGAUGAACUAACAUAA